CCCUCCGGCCAUGGCCCUGGCGCCCCGGCUGGCGCUGCUGGCCGCCGCCCUGCUCUGCGCCCCGGUGAGGGGUGAUGGGGAGCCCCCGGAUCCCGUGUUCCUGCCGGCGGAGCUGGAGGUCCUUGGAGUGCCCGAGUCCUACCGGCUGCAGAGGGUGGAUCAGGACGUGGCUCCCAACUCUUCCCUGCACACCCGCUCUGAGACAUUCCUGCUGCUUCGUGCUGGAUCCCAGCCCCUGGUCCAGGCCACCUAUGCUCCGUUCAGCAUCCGCCAGGAGGUGUCCAUGGAGAGCCUGCCCGGCUCAGCAGCUUGGUCCAUCCGUGCCGUGUCCCUGGAGAGCUCUGUGUCCCCUGCCGAGCCCGUGGCCCGUGUCCUCUUCCAUCUGCACGGGCCCGACUGGAUGCCUGGGAAGCAGGAUCACGCCAGAACCCGGGAUCAUCCCAAGGACUGGAACCACCCUGGGAUCUGGGAUCACCCUGAAGUCCGGGACCACCCUGGGGGUCAGGGUCACCCCACGGACUGGGAUCAUCCCAGGAAGCAGGACCACCCCAGGCACCAGGACCAUCCUGAGCAGCGGGACCACCAUGGAGUCCGGGAUCACCCCAAGGAGCGGCACCACCCUGGGAUCCACGAUCACCCCAAGAACUGGGACUACCCCAAGGACCGGGAUCACCGUGAGCAGCAGGACCACCCUAGGAACUGGGAUCCUUCUAGGGAUCGGGAUCGCUCCAGAGCUCGGGAUCUCCCCUGCGUCACCCUCCAUGCUCACCACCGCGGGCGGGUGGCCCGGGGGACAUGUCGCCUGCAGGCCCCGUUGGGCGUGUGCGUGGUGGAGCUGGAGAUCCCUCCACGCUGGUUCUCCCUGGGAUCUCUCCAUUCCCACCGGAGCCAUCGGCGGGAUUCCGAUCCCUUGGAGCCUCCGGAGCACCCAGAACCGGCUGAGCUGCGCUACAGCGUGGGGGAGUGUGGGAGUCAGGAGCGGGAGGCUCUCACGUUCCUGGGAAUGCUGGAGCUGCGGGCAGGAGAGCCGGAGCGGCGGCAGGAGGUGUGGCUGGAUGAGAAGGUGCUGCUGCGUGUCCCCAAUGUCCCCCUGCGGCCCGGGCAGCGCUUCACGGCCACCAUCGCCCUGCGCCACAACUUCACCGCUGACAGCCUGACCUUGAGGAUCAAGGCCAAGAAGGGCCUGCAGGUGGUCUCAGCCCAUCCCACAAUUCCCAGCACCUGGAGCGUGCACCUGGAGCGUUCCCGCGGUCCCAAGCACUCCACAGCCGUGGUGACGUGCCGGCGGCUUGGGGACAUCCCUGCCAUCCCUGACAGCUCCAGGGCGUCCGAGCCGGCCGCGUUCCUGCACCUGGAUGUGGCGGUGGAAAACGGGACGGGAGGGCUGGCGCCGGCGCGGCCCCUCACGUGGCAGGUGGAGUAUCCUGGCCAGGAUCCCGAGGCACAGAAGGACAAACUGGUCUGGGAAAUCCAGGUGUCGGAGCGAGAUGUCCGUGCCCUCGUCCCGCUGGUGCAGGAGCUGGAGAUCCUGAACACGGCGCCGCUGACCGGGAUCCCCCGCGUUAUCCCGGUGAAACUGGUGGCUGUGGAAGCAGGGGGCGGAGUGUCCGAGCUCACGGAUCCUGUAGGAUGUGAAUCUGCAGACAAGCAGGUGCUGCAGGUGUCGGAUUCCUGCGACCUGGUGUUCGUGGGGGGCAAGGAGAGCCGAGGGGCGCGGGGGGCCCGCGUGGAUUUCUGGGUGCGCCGGCUGCGGGCGGAGCUGAGCUUCUCCGUCUGGGCUCCGCUGCUCCCGCUCCGUGUCCAGCUGGGUGAUCCCAUCCUGGAGCAGCUCCGUGGCUGGAGACUGCCCGGGGGGCCUGACAGUGCCGUGGUGGAGUCUGAGGACCCCGCAGAGGAGCCGGAGCGGCGGGCGCGGGGCUGCCGGCCCCAGUACCAGCGCACGGGGCUCCGUGUGCUAGCACACUUCGUGGCCCACCCCCUGGAUGGUGGCCGUCACCUGUCCUACCUGCCCGGCCCUGAGUGGCUCCUGGAUGUCACCCACCUGGUGGCUGCCCGGACCCGUGUCCAGGACCCCCGCGUGGCCUCACUGGAAGCGGGGGCCGUGGUGGUGGGCCGGGAGCCUGGCGUCACCUCUGUGGAGGUGCGCUCCCCGCUCUCCGACUCCAUCCUGGGGGAGCAGACGCUGGUGGUUUCUGAGGAGAAGGUGACGGUGACAGAGCUCCACGCCCAGGUGGUGGCUGGGCUCUCCUUAUCCCUGCGGACACAGCCGGCUCAUCCUGGCGUGGUCACCGCCACCGUCCUGGGGACACCCACACUACGGGCCCUCAAGCAGGAAGCGACACUGUCCAUCUGGCUGUCCUUCUCCGACCACACGCUGGCUCCACUGGAGCUCUACGGGUGGCACGACGUGGCCUUGACCGUGACGUCCCUUGACCGCGCCGUCGCCACCGUCAGAGGGUCCCCUGGGGUCCCCGCUGCCCACCCGUGGGUGGUGGCCGAGGGGCCGGGCCGGGGGGCCCUGCUGCAGCUCAGCCUGCACGCCCCCGAGCCCUGCCGGCGUGGGCGGCACCGCGCCGCCCUGGCCGCCGGCACCGCCUGGCUCGAGGUGGGGGUCCCCUCCGCCGGGAGCCCCCGGCCCUUCCCGCGGGCCGAGGGCGCCAUGUCCGGGGAGGCGGUGACCGUGGGGCGCAGGGACCCUGCGGGCGUGGGGCCAGCGGCCACCAAGCUCCAGGGCUCUUCCUCGGAGGAGGAUGAAGAGGAAGGCUACGGACAGAACCGCGCCGGCAUGGGAGAGGAGGAGGAGGAGGAGGAGGAAGAGGAAGAGAUGGUGAAGGCUCCGGAGCGGGUGACUGACCUGGAAAUUGGGAUGUACGUGCUCCUGGGAGUCUUCUGCCUCGCCAUCUUCAUCUUCCUCGUCAACUGUAUCUUCUUCGUGCUCCGGUACCAGCAGAAGGAGCUGCCCGAGCCAGGCGGGGCCCCCUCAGCCCCGCAGCCCCACAACUGGGUCUGGCUGGGCACCGACCAGGAAGAGCUGAGCCGGCAGCUGGAUCGGCAGCAGCUGGAUCAGGACGGGGCUCCCCCCGGCUCCCCGGCCCCCGGGGCGCCGCCGCCGUCCCGCAAGGAGGGGUCGUCCAUCCUGGUGGCCAGCGAGGACGACAUCCGCUGGGUGUGCGAGGACAUGGGGCUGCGGGAUCCCGAGGAGCUCCGGAGCUACAUGGAGAGGAUCCGCGGCAGCUCCUGA